GUCACUAGACACACCGCACAUGUCAAGUGGAGGUGUAUCCCAGCCGCAAAAACCUUCAUUAAUGAUUAUCUCCUCUCCUCUCCUCUCCACUUAGAGUUUCUUUUCUCGUUCAGUAUCUUCCGGGCAAACCUCCACCCAACAGGCGAUGGUGGGGACGAUGGCGGCAACUCUAUCCUCUCCGUUCACUCCUCUUACCUCUCUUCUCAGACCUUCUUCCUCCAAGUCCACCAAGCUCCACCUCCAACCCUCCUGCUCCCAUUUUUCAUACCGGACCGCUGACGUCAAGUUGCUGUUACACGACGCCUUGGAUUCCUUGGGCAUCGACACGUCUCAUGCCAGGGAGGCUAGGCAGGGGUUUUUGUCCCAAAUCGAGAAAUUCUCCGACGUGGAGAGGGAAACCAGCAUUAGCAUCAAUCGGAGCGUUGAUUUGGGGAAGACAGCUCUGUAUAUAGCCGCUGAGGACGAUUCUCUCAUAUCCCACUCCUCGGUUCCCUUGCCUGUGGAUGCCUUCAUUGAAAGACUGGAUGAUCUCUCCAUGGGUUACUGCUCCACUUAUACCUCCUCCUUGUGCUCUUCGCCUCAGAAUUUCCUCCACAGCUUAGACAACUAUUUGUACGUGGACAAGGGUUUUAGAAGAAGCAGUUUAAUCAAUCGGUUCGAGCCAAGGGAUUUGUAUCUUCACUCUGUUUUGACUCGUCGAUCAGGUUCAGCUCUCAUGCUGUCACUUAUCUACUCUGAAAUCCUGAAAAUGCUUCGUCUUUGGGGGCUCGUGGAUUUUGAUUGUGAGAUAUACUAUCCCUAUGAUUCCAAGGACCUUCCCAGGGGUUAUGAUAAAAAGAAGAGCAAGGAAUCGGAUCGGGUGCAUAUAUUGACAUCGCAAACUCUUUUGAAAGAGGUAUUGAGAAACUUGAAGGAGGCGUUCUGGCCGUUUCAAUAUGAUGAGACCAGGAGCUUAUUCUUGAGUGCUGCAAAUGCUGCCAAUUGCGUCGCUACGCCUAACGCUAUUGAAGACAGUGGCUUUCAGCUAGCAUCUGCAAAGGCUGCACAGCACAGGUUAGAUCGUGGAGUUUGGACCAGUGUAACUUUUGGAGACAUGAGACGUGCAAUGUCUGCUUGUGAACGUCUAGUGCUCUUGGGAUCUGAUCCCAAAGAUCUAAGAGAUUAUAGCAUUCUUCUGUAUCAUUGUGGGUUCUAUGAUCACUCCCUUCAAUAUCUCACGUUGUUCGAGGAAAUAAAGGGAUCAGUGCAACAAAACCAAUCAUCCACUGGCAUGAGCAGAUUGGAAGAUGAUGCUACGGAGAAGUUGAUGAUGCGUCUUAACCUGAUCUUCAUGGAAGAAGGUUGGAGCGAGCCUUCACGUGUCAGAAAAUUUCUGGGAAACAAUUCUGAACCGUGGUAGAUAGUAAAGACUUGCAGCCACUGAUAUUGACAAAUAAAAAGUAAACACUUUGAGCAGUAACAAUGAAAAAAAGGUGGAUUAGAGGGCACGCGCAAAACACGACAGAAGGGGUGCUAUGCUCUGCGUGGAAUUCCUGAGAAAUCCGUGGUGAUUGCUUGCUUUUGAGAUUGCUAGCAACUCCGCGCCCUGCAUGUGGAAGUCAGUCAUCUCUUCGAUGAAAGCUCUUCCUUGAUAGGCAACUGCCCCCACUUGAACUAGGGGUCGUUAGUUAUAUUGAUGUAUUAUAGUAUACAUGGUUUGAUUUCUAUGAUAGUUAUUGUAUUAUUUAAAUAUGCUAUAUUAUUUUUAAGCUCAAACGUCACUUUUAUCCUUUCAUUUUAAUAUAAAAAAGCUUAUCUC